AAUAAUAAGGGGAGUGUUUGUUGAAUGAAAUAGCAGCUGUCCACAAGUCCCCUUCAAACGCCAAUUCUCUCUCCUUUCUUCUUCACAAAACACUCUCUUCUCACUCCAUAAGUCUCUCCUCACCACUUUCUUCUCUUUUCUCUCUCCUCUUUUUUCUCUCUCUCUUAGUUCCCUUCCACAACCCUUCACUUUUCUCUCAACAACAACCAACAUUUUGCAACUUUCUUUCUUUCUUACACAUUUUCCACACACACACAUACAACAACAACAAAAACUACUAUAAUGGAAGCAUCUUCAGCUUCAGAAUUCGCGCAUUUCCAACAACAAAAACAACAGUUCACACCUGAUGAGAGAAGACUCUCUUGUGACCCUUUCAUUGUUGAGGAUCUUUUGGACUUUUCCAAUGAUGAUAAUAAUAAUGUUCUUUUUGAUCAUCAUAAUAAUAAUGUUAAUGGAACUUCUUCAUCUGUUGUUGUUGCUGGAAGUUUUGUUCAUUCUAACUCUAAUUCUGAUUCUUCCACUGUUGUUACCCCUGUUGAUAGUUGCAAUUCUUCCUUUUCUGGUAAUAAUACUAAUGACGCUAUUUUCCCUUUGCCCGCUGAUAUUGGCUCUCACUUUUCCGGCGAGCUUGCUGUUCCGUAUGACGAUUUAGCUGAGCUAGAAUGGCUUUCGAAUUUUGUGGAGGAAUCCUUCUCUAGCGAAGACUUGCACAAAUUCCACCUCAUUCCUGCCAUGUCAGCAAUGAAGACCCGGCCCGAUGAGGGUUCCGAGACUCGGUACUACCCGUCGGAACCAACUCGGACCGCAGCAACUCCUGUAAGCCCGAUUUUCAACCCGGAGAUUCCCGUACCGGGGAAGGCCCGAAGCAAGCGCUCUCGGGCCGCCCCGUGUAAUUGGGCAUCACGGCUCCUUGUUCUUGCCCCUGGUGCUAGCGAUACUGGCCCAGUUACAAAGCCCACAAAGUCGUCCGGUGCAAAGAACAAGAAGGGUUUGAAUUCAGGAGGGAUUGGGCCCAUUGUGGAAGCAAACGUCGUGGGGGAGGUGAGGAAGUGCUUGCAUUGUGCGACCGAUAAGACCCCUCAGUGGCGUACUGGGCCUAUGGGCCCGAAGACGCUUUGCAACGCAUGUGGGGUUCGAUACAAGUCGGGUCGGUUGGUACCAGAGUAUCGGCCCGCCGCAAGCCCGACUUUCAUGUUGACAAAGCAUUCGAACUCGCACCGUAAGGUGAUGGAGCUCCGAAGACAAAAGGAUCUCAUGAGGCAGCAACACAUGCAACACCAACAUCAACACCAAUAUCAACAACUCAUUCAUCAUAAUCCAAAUAAUAGUACUAGUAUGAUGUUCGACCCGUCUAAUGGUGAUGAUUAUUUGAUCCACCAACAUAUUGGGCCGGAUUUUAGGCAACUUAUUUAGUUCAAUCAGCUAAUUAUAUGCUAGCUAGCUAGGGAGGGGUAACAAGUAACAACAAAGAACUAAAAAUUAUAAACUUAGACGAAUUUGGUAAGAGUAGCUAGCAUUUGUCUAGAAUUUUCCUAAUUCUUUUUCCUUAAAAAGAAACAAAUUUUCCAAUUUCAA